ACAAAGUUGAGUGGGAUGAAGAAAUAUCGAAUUCCGAACUUCGAGCUAGCUGGACUCAAUGGGAACAAGAACUAAUAUUCAUUAGCCAAGUUAGCCUACCAAGACAUUAUAUCAAAUUGAAGGAUGCCACAUACCAGUUACACGUGUUCUGUGAUUCAUCCGAAAAAGCCUAUGGAGCAGUCAGCUAUCUUCGUGGAGAGCGUGAUGGUAAGGUAGAGACGGCAUUUGUGAUUGCAAAAUCCAAGGUUGCCCCACGAAAGCAAUUAAGCAUGCCAAGAUUAGAGCUAUGUGCUGCACUGAUUGGAGCAAAACUUAUCGACUUUCUUGUAAACACCUUGACAAUUCCUGUAAGCGGAAAGCAUCUAUGGAGCGACUCAACUACAGUACUUACAUGGAUCACAUCAGAAACCUGUAGGUUCAAGGUUUUCGUUGGAACUAGAGUUGCAGAGAUUUUGCACUUAACUGAUGGGAUGGACUGGCACUAUGUGCCUACAGCAGAGAAUGUGGCAGAUGAUAUCACUAGAGGCAUGUCCUUACGAGAUAUUGCCAGCAACCAAAGAUGGCAGUAUGGCCCAUCUUUCCUAACUCAAGCUAGAGAGCAUUGGCCAGUGAUGCCCAAUCUCCAAGAUUGCCCUAAAUGUGAUGCUGAAAUCAAGAAAAGUGUUUUCAGUGGGUUAGUCGGUAUCAAUGUUGCAGAUAGUGAGAUAGACGAGUUAAAGAACUUUGAAAAACUUAUACUCUACCUUGGUCAGAGGUUUAAUGGGGCGGCCCCUCAACAACUAGAGAACGAAGCCUGGAAAAUGGUACAACUAUGCUGUUUCCCAGAAGAGGUUAGAGCCUUAAAGGCUGGAUCCCCAUUACCUACAGGAAGUCGUCUGAAGCAAUUGAGUCCAGAAUGGGACAAGGAUACUGGUCUUCUGAGAGUAGGCGGAAGAUUGCGAGAAGCAAAUGCCAUUCAGGAGCAAAUGAAACACCCAAUAAUUCUUGAUCCUAAACACCAUAUAACAAAAAUACUUGUUCGACAUACUGAUGUUAAGUUGCUUCACCCCGGACCAGAACGAGUUUUGGCAGAGUUGAGAAGGAGAUACUGGAUUCUCAGAGGCAGAGAAGUUGUCAAAGGACAACAGAGGCAGUGUCAAGAGUGUCAACGUUGGAGUGCAAAUCCAUCCAAUCCCCAGAUGAGAGACCUGCCGGCCGCACGGCUACAACUAUUUAAACCAGUUUUCCAUUGCACUGGAAUUGAUUGUUUCGGGCCUAUGCACAUAAAGGUUGGAAGGAGAACGGAGAAGAGGUGGGGAAUAGUCUACAAGUGCAUGACUGUUGGUGCCGUCCAAUUGGAGCUAUUGGACAGCAUGGACACAGAUGCCUUUCUGUUAUCCCUACGUAGGUUUAUUUCCCGGAGAGGCCAACCGGCUAAGAUAUAUAGUGAUUGUGGUACCAAUUUUAAAAGUGGGGAUAAGAGCCGCCUUCGAUCUGAUGACUGCUAA